CUCGGAGGUAGUUCGGUCACGUUUAGCGGGCUCGGGCUUUCUAAAGGAGUAUAAAGAGGGACUCGGUUGGUUUCUGGCCACGUUUGUGAAAUAGUGACCAUUCAACGAAGGUUGCAAGACCAUUUUAUCGCUGCUGACAACUCAACAACUCCAGCCAGAAUCGUCUUGCAGCGGUCUGUCCUUGAGAGUAACUACGAGGUUGCACCCAACUGCAUUCUCGAGACUUCUUUAGCGACUACUUGUACAUCAUAGGCAAAUUUCAAACUCUUGUUCAGCCGUUGGAAGCAGCUUGACAUUCAUCACCAAUAGUGGCAAACUAGAUAAGUGCUGGUCAAGAAAGUUCAGACGCAACCUGCUUUCUAGACGUCGAACUCUUGUCACCCUAGCAAUCAUCAGACAAGGACAUGGAGUUCCUCUCAACACUGGUUGCUCCAGACGUGACGGACACCCCAUCACAUACACACGCCACUGGCCAAGACUCCUGGGCACAGCUGGUCCUGCAAAACAUCAAGAGAGGUGGCCUGACCCUGUUCCACAAACUGGCUGGUUCGUGUGUUGUGCGGCCCCAGUUCGUGGCCAAGGAUGCUCUACGUCACGGAGAUCACGUGAUGAUGCCCAAGCGCCUGUUCCGGGUGAACAACAUCCCUGAGCACCUGAAGAAGACCUACCGGUAUUUCCACCAUGGUGUCUACAUCAAGGAUGAGAGUGGGGAAUACGUGGUGGGCUUCACAUCACCCGAUCAAGAGAUGAAAGACACAGCUACAGGAAAACGGCAACAAGCAGAGGCGGAAGACAGCAGCAGUGCCCUGACCAACACUGGUCACGUGGCCAAAACUGGUCACGUGGCCAACACUGGUCACGUGAGUAGCACUGACGGUGUUGACGAGGUGGAUGGUUACCUUAUCCCUGAGGUUUUCUUGGACUACGCGGACAGAGUGCAGAGGAGAUCUCGCCAUGCUAUUCUUGGAAUGUUCACUAACCUGAUCACAGACAUGGUUUGUCACAAUCGCAUCGUCAAAGAGGACCUGGCUAGUUAUGAAUAUGAGGGUCGGUACAUCCGCUAUGCCGGUUACCAAGACGAUCCAGACCGCACACCGAUGGCUAACCCAGGCCUGCAGUCAUAUCAGGGAGUAGAGUCCUCAGUCGACGAGGCUCCACGCCACGUUCGCGCCGAGGUCGCCAAGUUCUUCAUGCGUAACCCACAGGCGUUCGGAGAGUACAACUUGAUGGAAUGGAACUGCGAGCACUUCGUCAGCUUCUGCUUUUCCACCAGCAUGACAGCCCUGGACCUGGAGAGGGCGCUGGAAGAGCUUCCACCAAGCGAUGUUGGGAGAUUUGACCGUGACUUUCUCAACGAUCACUCGCGCACAGCCAGCCCGGGGCUGGACUUCUACUUCCAAGCCGGACUUCCUGUAUUCUUCCUGGAGAUCGACGACAAGGAUAAGUGCCGGCCGCGCCGCCGUUGCCACAAGCGACGGAGCAUCACGGGUGACUGGGACGUCAGUGCCGGCGAAGAAGGUGGCAUUAUACCAGCUUCCAGUCUACGACAGGAUGAUGAAACGCGUUCACCACCUAUCAUGGCGAGAAGGAAGCGCACAAAGCGAGGUCGUCGUGCGCUGAAGUUUCGCCGGGGUCGCAGCUUCUCCGCUUUCGUCGAGUCGAUCAGUUCCAGCAGAUCAGAACUCAAUCUAACUCUGAGCAGACUCCAAGACUCUGGUGUGUAUCUUAGAACAAUGCAUCGUGGUAGUGAUGACGCAUCGAUGACGACAUCGCCUACGCAGAUGACCUUCAGUAGGAGCAGUAGCAGCAGUGGAAGCACGACGACCUCUUCAUCCUCGCCAUCAACUGCCACUAGCAGCGAAAACGAAUCGGCAGUGGAGGAACUGGAGCUAUACGUGGAUUCAGAGUUCUCCGACAACUCUCUCAGGUUCACCAGCUCUGGUGAAUCAACUCUGGUGCUCUCCACAGGAUCUCAUGUGUCGCUAGCCAAGUCUUUGGCAUCACCAUGGGGCGACGCAGGAUGCAACACAGGAGCAAGUCCUCGGCUCAAAAGGAAGUUCUUGGGCAGGCCCAGGCAAUGAGGUGCAUGUCCAAAGUGAAGUUUGUGUAAAGAACAUUACAUGUCGCUUGGUAUCACGUACAGUCCUCGGCAGGCAGACUUUUUUCCACUAAUUCCGAAACCCCACAAAUCAUAAGGAACACCAUACAGAGGGCAUUGAAGGGACUAUAAAAUAAUAUUUAUAGGAGUGGUGAUGGGGUACGAAGUGCUCAGUCGACAGAUCAAGUCAACCUAUGAACGCCCAUGGCCCCUGGACUGUGGGGGGAUGCCUGUUGGCAUGCUCACACUCUGGAGUCAUGCUGGCGUUGUGGACACACGUGUGUUACAGCACUCUGCAUGUGCACACUCCAUACAUGCAUGAUGCUUGUACUUGAUACCGCACAAUAUACUUCGGAAGAAAGUAUCUAACAUGCUGUCAAACUUUCACCCUGUUUGCAUGACUAUUUGCACUGGGAAACAUGUACUUGAUAGUAUGUACAUGUAUAUGACUGCUGCACAUGUUCCAGAAACUACAUGUGCAUGUAUAUAAUUACUUGUAUAGUUAUUGAACCACGGGCUAUU